AUGAGCGUAGGAGAGUAUCUAGCGCUAGGUAUGGAUGAGAAAGGAAAAGCGGAAACUGCUUCAUGCGGCACUGAUAGUCCCGACACGGCAGGCGAUGCACCGCCAGCGCUAGAUAGAGGAGAUUCUGUAGACGAUCCGUCGCCUCCACCGGUCUCGGAUGCUGCCAAAUCUUUAGAAUCUAUCUUUGUCAGGGAAGCAUUGGCUUUCCGCGCACGAGGCGGUGGCUGCGGAAAACCUCUGGUUCAUUAUAUGGAUGGCUUCACCAUUGAAGUUGAAGGGCGAGAACAGAAGAACAAGCCUAAGAAAGAAGAACCUGAAGCUACCCCCGAGGAACGCGUUGAGGACCGCAAGCAAUCCAAGAAUCGACGUGCAACACCCGUGCAACAUCCACCAAGAAGAAGGACAAAUGAGCUAGAGUUACUUUUAAGUAUGGAUUUCGGUCCAAAAGAUGCUGGAAGGCGUAUUCUGGAUACAGAGAAACGAAAAAGCGUGCUUGACAAGGAAAAACGUCUUUCAUCAGAAACUGGCGACGAACAUGACAAAUCCGACCAUGCAGAGAAAACGCGAACAAAGCAGAAGAAGAGAAGUUCUCAGUCGACAGUCAGCGAAAGCCCUGUGAAACCUGAACGCUCUCGAUCUUCUGUCGACUCUUCGGAUACACAUAGCCAUUCAUCAAAGAGAAGCAGCGGGAAACAUGACAAAGCAAAAGAAAAGGAGAAGGAAAGGGAAAAAGAGCUAGCAGUUUUGAAUACACCAACGGUAAGCAUGCGUAUGCUGCCUUCAUCCGAGGAUUCGCCUGAAGACCGAUGCCUUUAUUGCAAAGUUUCAUUCAAAGAGGUGAUUUUCUCUUUUUCUCUUUUUUUUUGUACAAAAUGAUC